GAGCCGGGAUUACCAGUUCGCUUCCGACAAAAAGCAUCACCAUCAGCACAUGGAGUGGGCGGUGGUGGUGGCGGUGGUGGUGGCGGUGGUGGUGGCGGUGGUGGUGGCGGUGGUGGUGGCGGUGGUGGUGGCGGUGGUGGCGGUGGCGGAGGCCUGGUGCAAGAGCAGGGG